AUGAGGGUUGCACAAAAGAUCCUGAAGGAAGCCAGCCAGGAAGCCGACAUGUGGGAGGUACGCGUUGUCAAUGACGUCGAUGACGGUGAACCGCAACUUCAACCGGCGUCACAGCCAAAGUCCAUCCUACGUCGUCGCCCGAAAUCCCGUCUCGGAUGUUCAAAAAGUUUCAGGGGUGAUCACGGCGUUCCGAAGCUUCAAGAUGAGAAUCAAACAGCCCAUGACCCGUCAUCGCUAAGCGAGAAUGAGGAAGCAGCGGCUCCGGAAGCACCUCUGGAAGAGGCUAUCGAUUUCACCGAUAUUGAGGCCAUUGCUUUCGGUUGCGUGGAAAGCCACAACGAGGUUAGCAGUGACGACGAGCAGCAGAUGGACGCCUUUGAUGAUUUUUUUGGUGGGGAGUUCCACGUCGCCAGUAUUGCCGAGCAACUGGGUGUGACCAUGGAACGGGUCCGUAGCAUUUUAAUGUCCGGUCCAUCCCAUGAAGAAAGCGAUACUGGAGAACUGUCUCCGACCCCUUCCGGACAUGCGCGGGCUGAGGCAGCGGAGGCGCUGCUAUCCUUAAGCGGGCAGAUCGGUAUGCGCCAUUGCUGCAAGAUUUCCAUACCACAUCUGCCGUAUUUCUUCCGAUGAGCAGAAACGGCACGACGCCACUGUGAAGUGCUUAGA